AUGAUCGUCUUAUGGAUUACAUUGUUUUUAAUUCACCAAGGAUAUGCUGUAGUUCCAGUGAAAACUGUUCAGCUCGGUGAACCAGCGACUAUAACAUGUGCUAUACCCAAAGAGCUCAGCAGUAGAGGAGUCCACUGGUACAAGCAGAGCUUUGGGGGAACUCUGAAGUUAAUAGUGACAGUAUUCAAAUCUACAGAACCUACUUUUGGUCCUGAAUUUACUAGUUUGAAAUUUGACAUAGGUGAUGAUUCUGCCAGCCUGACCAUUUUAAAAGCAGAUCAAGACGAUGAGGGAAUCUAUCACUGUGCAAACACAGAAAGGAUUGGAGUUGAAUGGAGUGGGAUGUAUUUGUUGGUAAAAGGAAACACUCAGAGGACAUCAAACUAUACAGUCAGUCAGCUGCUGAUAGAAUCAAACCCAGUUCGUUCAGGAGACACGAUGACUCUUCAGUGUUCAGUCUUCUCUGACUCUGACAAGACGUGUCCAGGAGGUCUCAAUAUUCUCUGGUUCAGAACUGGAUCAAAUCAAGCUCAUCCCAACAUCAUCUACACUGACACAAAUAGAAGUAAUGAAUGUGAGAAAAGUUCUGCCCCUCAGGAUAGAUGUGUUUUUCAGUUCUCUAAGAACGUCAGCUCCUCUGAUGCUGGGACUUACUACUGUGCUGUGGCCACAUGUGGAGAGAUAUUAUUUGGAAAUGGGACUAAACUGGAACUUGAUUCUCUGGUCCCAAUUGAAGCCGAUGACCAGCUGAACUAUGCUGCACUGAAUUUCUCUGAAAGGAAAACAAGAGGAAGAAGGAAGAGAGACAUUACUGAGGACAGUGUCUACUCUCAAGUUAAAAGCUGA